CAUAACUUGCAAGGGUUGGAGCACGAACGUCUGCAUGCAGUCGGUCGAUUAGCAAUCGAGAAUGAAGAAGAACGAUUGCAGCAGUAAUGCAUCUGCGAAAUUUCAUUAGUUUGCAAUUAAUUGUUAUUUCGUACGCGAGCAGCGUCGACUUUAUUCGCGAUUAUUUCGUUUAUAAAGACGUCACAAGGGUAGCUGGACUUUCCUGCAGAGAGUACGACAACAACUACCAAAUCAUCAGGCUCCUCAACGAUGUUGGAAUUUCGGUUUCGAUACACCAGCUCGGAUCAAACGUGAAUAUAUCGCGAUUCUUGCACACCGAGUACUGGGGCUUAGGUGUGUUUUUAGAUCUACGAUGUUCAACAGACGAGGAGAGCGUGACAAUUUUCAACGAGGUAAAACUAAAUCGUGAAAAUUACAUUGUCUUAAUUUACUUUACGUCAGCGAUCUCCAAACAUUUUAAUGCUUCAGCCAGCAACAUGUUCGAAAAAUUGCAUCGGUGGUUGGUUCUGGGGACAAAUACGAGUCUCGAUGAACGAGCGUUGAACGACAGCACGUUCAGCGUCGUCACCGAUUUUGUGAUUUCUAUACCGAGGAACGACGACGAUUACGUCUUGUACGAUCUCUAUAAUCAUUGCAAACAUUGCGGUGGUUCGCUCAACAUCACAGAAUUUGGCAGCUGGACGAAGAACAGUGGAUUGACCGUCGCUUUGCGCGAAGGAAAAAUUGCCAGACGAUGGAACUUUCAUAAAAUGAAAGUCAAGACUGCCGGUAUCGUAGAAUGUAGACCCAAGGAUCUAGAUCUGAUAGAAUACCUUGAAAAAAGGAAUACCGCACUAGAUGACCACUGGUCCAAAUUCGGAUUCGCCAUUAUAAAACAGAUGGCCAGCAUGUUCAAUAUCACUCUCGAUUUAAUCGAAUUAAGCCAUUGGGAAAAACACGAUAGAAACGGUCCAGUGUUCGCCGGUUUCAGAGAUCGACAUUUCGAUUUAAGCUAUUAUCCGUCGAUCCUGACAAACGAAAGACUAAAUUUUGCCGACGUGAUGGUGCAACUGUGGCCUUCGAGAACCUGCUUUUUGUUUCUUGCCGUACCUUCCACAACCUUGGAUAUGCAAAUUAUAUUCAGACCAUUCGAAAAAACAGUUUGGUACAUGAUUGCUUUCUUAUCGGUCAUAAUAAUUUUCAUAUUAUGGAUAAUCUUGAAGUUGGACAAAGAUUCUGAUUACGAAGCAACGGUUCUUAUUAUCGUCGCCGCGCUCAGUCAACAAGGGCUACCAUUUAACAGCAGUCACAUUGCAAGCCGCGUAGCCUUCCUUCAGACCCUGAUCUUCGGUUUGCUAGUCUAUAAUUGUUAUUCAGCAGCAAUAGUGUCGAGUCGAUUACGACACGUUCCUUGGGACAAAAUGAACGAUUCUUUGUAUUCGUUAGCGAACAGCAAUCUAAAGCUUAGCGCUAACAAGGAUAUAUACUUCAACAUUUUGAUAAACUCUCCUCCACCGGACGUUCAAUAUUUUAAGAAACAUUGGGACACUUUACCGGAGAAUUCUAGGUUUCAACCGUUACACGAGGGUAUAAGAGGCAUAAUGAAUCCUAAAUUUGCGUAUCAUGCGAAUCCAAUGAACGCCUAUCCGGUUAUAGAAAUCAUGAUGACCAAGAUGAUGAUUUGUCAACUCACCGAAGUUCAUUUACUUCGACCUUCCAUGUUAGGCUUUUGGUCGUCUCAUCAUAGUCCGUUGCAUGAAAUAGCGAAGAUAGGUUUUAUCAGAACAUUAACUUCUGGAAUUCGAAAACGAGAGGUGUACCGCUGGACUUCUAGAAAGCCUUAUUGUGACGAACACAAACGCUAUGUAUCAAGCGUUACGAUUCUCGAAGCAACGCCGGUUAUACUACUUUUGCUUACUGGGAUAAUAUUAUCUGUCGUUAUUUGCGUUAUAGAAAAUAUUGUUUUCCGUGCAUUUCAAACAAAACCGGAUACUAUAAAAAAGCUGGAAUGUUCAAACAAAUUACACCAGAAGAAAGUAGCAUCUAUCACAGCACCGGGAGACAAAACUAAUGGAAGUAAAAAUAUUUGCACUAAACGCAAAGAUGUAAUAGUUCGAUAAAAUCAUAGGUAUUCAAGUUGAGCACAGUU